CUGGUGCGGCUGCCGGAGAGACAGGCAGAGAGGCAGAGAGGCAGAGAGGCUGUGCAGAACAGACGCUGGGUCAGAGCGCUCAGUUGCUUCAGACAAUCACCGGGGAGCGAGAGAAAGACACAAGAAAAGAGACAGAGAGAGAGAGAGCGCGCAUAGAAAGAUAGACUGAAAAGGGAAGGGGGUCAGAGGAGGGAGGUAAAUAUGUGACAGGAUGUGGUUUCCCUGAGCUUGCAGAACAUCGGCAUACAGGCAUACUUUGAGCAUGACCUAGACACACUGAGCUUACAAGUGUGUUUGAGCUCCGUUAGGUGGAGAGGGGGAAGACGAAGCAAACCGCUGGAUCUGCCGCUGCUGCUGCUGAAGCCUGCAGACGCUCUGGUUGCUCUGUUGCCCGCCCGGAGGAUUGUGUUUCCUCCAAGCCAAGCAGCCUCCUCAAUGAGCUUGCCGGACAGGAUCUGAACCCGUCCUCCAUCCCUCCUUCCCAGUAGAAUGCGUUUCUCUGCUGCCCCGGUUGCUGCCUCCGCGUCCGAGCAGUGAACUUUUUCAACGAGAUUCGCAAAAAACAGAGAGACCGACACGCUGCGGAGCCAUGGGCUGCGGGCUGCGUAAGAUGAAGCCGAUGCUGGAGGAGAACAGUCCGGGGAAGAUUUACUCCACCCUGAAGAGGCCACAGGUGGAGACCAAGGUGGGCGUGGCCUACACCUACCGCUACCUGGACUUCCUCAUCGGCAAAGACGGCGGGACGUCCACGCUGCGUCUCUCGUCGGUGCGGGAGCUGCCCGGCCAGCUGCAGGAGCUCUACCAGCAGGGCUUUGUUCUGGCGUCCGUUCACCCGUUCAUCCACCCCUGUGGUCCAGAGUCCAACAGCCCACAGCACCAGCUCUACCGGGCCAUCCUGAUCCGACUCAACGACGGGGUGGAAAGGAGCCAGUCUGUCUGCCCAUCGUACAAACUGCAGCUGGAAGAGUGUCUGUCUGCCGAGCAGGUGCCCACCCCAGAGCUCAUCCAGGGCUACGUCAAGAAGCAGAUCCAGGAUGCUGCUGACCAGGGGGUGAUGUUCGUGGGAUUUGUCCAGGAACCCUACGGGGCCCCGUGCACCAGGAUCCGACAACCAGACACCCCCUCCCUUUCCCUGCACUCCAGCCCCAGCUCUGUGCUCGGUUCGCUGGGCAGCUGCAGCCCCUCGAACCCCUCAAGCCCCAGAAACCACGGAGCACCUGGAGCUCAAGCGGCCGCGGUGGACAAAGACGGCAAUGAGGAGGCCUCAUGCGAGGCCGGGGAAGGAGCACCAAGUGGGGAGAAGAAUCAAAGUGGGAACACUGGGAGCCAGUCAGGGAGCGGGGUGGAGGGCAGCCAGGGCGGAGUCUCGCCUGUGGCGUCUCCAACACCGGAGGGAGAUCUGGAGCACAGCGAGGAGCUGACGGAGGAGGUGACGGAGGAGGAGUCGCCGUGUCACAACAACAACAAAGACAGCGGCAGAGACGCACAGGAGAGGCCGAGAUACCGCCCGCGGAGGGGCGACGGCGUGGAACUGCUGGCUUUGUACAACCACCCGCCGGUGCGAGAGGGCCAGAUGAAGUACUACACUGUCAAGGUGCCACUGCGGGUUCAAAACUGUGAUGAGGGGGUCAAAGGCGUGGAAGCCAACUGGCUGGAUCACAUGACUCAGCACUUCAACAAUGGAGCCUCACUGGUCGAUGGAUACUUCCACCUGGGUAAUGGGAGCGAUAUGCUGCCUAAGUCGGUGGAGAGCGUCUUCAUCUUCCAGGAGGCGAGCGAGGUUGAGCCGAACGCGGCAACCCCGACAUACGAUGCCAUCGUAGUGGAGCAGUGGACCGUCAUCAACGGUUUGCAGGUGAAAGCAGAUUAUGUUCCCCUGCUGCAGUCCCUGGCCACGUAUGGAUGGAGGCUCACCUGUGUGCUGCCAACUCCUGUAAUCAAGACCAACAGUGAUGGAAGUCUGUCCACCAAACAGAUUGUUUUCCUGCAGAGACCCAUCUUGGGCCGAAAGAAGAGGGAAUCCAAGAAAUUGAUGUUCAAGCCCCGAAGCAAGUCCAACAAGAACUGCAUCAAAGACACGGCAAAGAACAAGAAGAAGAAAAAAACAAAGACCGAGAAGGAUGCAGACGAUCCCAAGAUUGACGACAGAGAGAAGGUUGAGAAAGAGGAAGACCAGAGUAGGGAUGAGAGGGUGAACGCAACAGAUAUAGAGGCAGCAAGAGAAAGUGAGACGUCCAAAGAAAGGGAGGCGAGGUGUGAGGAAGAUAGAAUGAUUGAUGAUGGGAUUGAAAUAAGCAUUGAAAAGAAAGAUGGAGGAGCAGAGACAGAGGACAAAGGAGCAGAACACGGCACAGUGGAAGAGGGAGAAGAAAAGAUGGCACUGGAAGGAGUGGGAACAAAAGAGACCGGAGAGCCUUUAGAAAACGGGGAGGUCCAGGAAGUGACGGAAAUCGUUGCGACCGUCGAAGCUCGGCGUGAGACCAAAGAAAAAGAAGGCGAGGGCGUGGCAGAAGCUGUGAUCGAAAACGGGGUGGAGACGGACGAGGAGAAAGACGAGGGCGAAGAGAUCGCGAUCAAACGCAAGACGGAAGAGCCGGCAGGCGUGGAGGUCAUCGCCAAGGAGAUCACGGCAGAUUCACAGGCCACACCGACUAUCGAAAGCCAGGAGAAGGAAGAGUAGCCCCAAGUAGUCCGAGUCAAGAUUCUUUUCCACCCUACCUCUCAAAUUCCCCCAUCGUAAGAACUGGUUCACAGUUGUUGUCCCGGAUCCAAAUUAAAGGGGCUUCGACCCCAAUCGCUGCAGCAUUUUCCAAACCGACCAACUUUCAUAGACAAUUCACCCGCAACCUGCCAUAGUGUAGCUACAGAGAGAUUCCAUGUAACGUCAGCCCUAAUGCAUUAUCUCACAUACUGAAUGUAUAUAUAUAUAUAUAUAUCAAACACAGAUUUUCAAUGUGGAGACACUGGAAUAACAGGAGGAGGAUCGACAGGGGGUUGAAAAUCUAGAAUGAUGCCAUGAUCAGAUUGGAGCGCGUUUUCUUUUUGUUGAAGAAGAAACAGUUUAAAGGCCUGGUCACACCAGCAAAAUGAAUUUCCUUUCAAUGGAAUUGCAGAAAUAAUUGAGUUUGUUUGUCAGGGCAAAGUAAAUAUUUUCGUAAGCCAUCCUGACAGUGUUAAAACUGUACUGGAGGAAGCUAUCGUAGCUUAGCUUAGCUGUGUUGCGCCAUCCACUUUUAAUUCACCUCCUCUGUCAGAAUGUAAACUGCUACAGAGAAUCAGAGUCAAUGCUACAAAUAUGUCUUAAACUGAAACUAAAAAUAGCUAGGAGAACUGUUAAGAAUGCCUAACGCUAGCUUGUUAGCAUUUGUAGUUUACUAACUAGCCUUGUGAAUAGUCCCUACACCCUUAAUUACACUGUGCCACUUUCUGGUGUGACCAGGCCUUUAAGGGAGGAACGUUACAUGCGUAGAAAUAGAGGAGUAGAACGGACAUUCCCACUGAAGUCAACGUAGCAGGAUGGUUAGAGCGGCGGCCAUUUUUAUGUGGAACGUUGCAAAGCAGGCUACUUUCAAAUAAUCAAAUGACCACAGCGAACAGCUCGAUGUCCGUUCUACUCCUAUUCUAUUAUUAUGGUUGCAUGAUUUUCAAUGGAAUGUAAUUCUAAGGGUUAAUUACAUAAACUGAGAGAACAGCAGCGACUGUGGAUCGGAGGAAAGCUCUCUGGUUGCGUUUGAGAACCAUAAGUCCUAAUAGAUAAAGCACCCGUUACAAGAGGUACUUAUACUGAGAGCAGCUCUUUUUCAGUUUGUGAAGCUGAGAAAAAGACAAGUCACCUCCGAAAUCAGGCAGAAUUUUGACAGGUCAUCAUCCACACGACAUGACAAUUUUAAGGGCAGGCAUCUUUGUGCGAUCACAGACCGCAUCGCCAUUUUCCGUUCCUUCGUUCUGUGCACCAGAGUCAGUCGGUUGUGAUGCGGAGGGAACUCGGAGGAGAGUGCUAGUAGAGGUGAUGGCAAAGGCGUUUGUUGCGACAGGCAAUCCAAAGUAGGGUGAAGAGAUAAUUGUUUACGCUGAGCUCUAAGCCGUCAAGUGCUUCAAAGAGAGCCGAUAAUCACUCUUUGGUGUGUGGUGUGCUAAGCUCACCUUGCAUACAGAAUGUUCCAUAUUCAGAGCCGAGUCAGAUAAGGAUGUGAAAUUCAGCUGAAUGUUUGCAGCUCGGGGGGGGCAAACUCAUAUUCAGAUGCACCUAGUUAGCGCUCACAUGCAGGAGUGAGGAAUUAUUUUUUGCACAAAAGUUGCAUUUAAAAAAAAGAAAUUUGAUAUUUCCAGUCAACGGCCACAAACAAAAGCUCUCAUCAGUGCGGGGACACGGUUAAGACCGAGCCUUGUUGUUUACAGGGACCCAAAGGAACUGGAGAUCGAGGGGAGAGAAAUUGAGACGUAGAAAGAGAGCGAACCAGAAAAGACCGCAGAGGAUAAGGGAGUCAAAUAAAAGAAAUGAAUAGGCUCAUUCAAAGUAACGGCCGCUUGCGUACGGCAUUCCCCCGUUGAGAUUCCCUUCAUUAUUUUACCUCCAGCUCUUUAAGCACCUCUUUCCCAACAUCAUUUCUGACAAUAACCAAGUCAUAAUGUGCUGUUUCAUGGCACCUUGUAGCUUUCCAUUUACAAAAAAAAAGGGGGGGGGGGGGGGGGGUGAAAGGGAGGCAGGAAGGUGGCGACGUUCACGGUGUGGAGCUCUCAUUAGCUCACUAAUGGCUUUUGUCAGUGGGGUAUCUGUCAGGAAUCAUGCAUUUAUAAUGUGGGUCACUUAUUGGGGGAUGGAUUGAAAGCAAACCCCCCCUCAACAUGUCAUGCAAAUAGCCUUCAGAUUUAAGCUGAUGUCAUGGGGAAUCAUGUGCACUGAGGAGGAAGAGUGUGUGCUCAAAAUUUUGGGAAAAGAAAUUACACGCACCUCCUCAUACAAUAUAUAUAUAUCAGAAAGCCUAUUUAUUAAAAUGUUAGCUUUCGGUUAAUCAAGAACGUAUACUACCUGCUGUCCUGCUUCACACGGGCUAUAAUUUGUCAUAAUUUGUAUCUUUUGGUUUUAUGAGAAUGGAUGAUACUUUGGUCAAGAGAAACGUCUCCUUUUCGGAGAUGACACUCUUCAAUUACACACAAGUAAGAUCGAUUAUGCUGAAUAAGUGCUCUCCUUAAUGAAUCCGCCCGCCGCUGAGAUUUUCAAUGUAAAAUGGCAAGUGAUUUUGUGUAGAGUAGAAUAUAAAAACUGUGACCAGCUUAGCCUUAUUACUAUACUGUAAAUGCCCCACGAUCUGCUUUUUAGAAACGUCCUUUAGAGGCACAAGUGAUUUCAGUGUUAUAUGUUUGUUAUAGUGGAACAGGAAAGAUUUGCUGCAGCCCGUGUUGGUAUUUUUUAAGCGGUUUUUCCCUGUUUUAUUACUGGAAUUCAGAGUGAGGGGAUACAAGUGUUUGUCUAUAUUGAAGGUAAUAGGAGAUAUUUUUAAGAUGUUUUGAAUUUCUUUCUUUUCUUAUUGUUGUGAAUGUUCUGUUUUUGAGUCCAGAGAUUUUAUUGUGGGCUUCGUGUUGCCUCUGCUGUUUCGCUAAAGCUUGCUAAAGAUGUGUUUCUGACCGACGCUUGGACCUACCUCCCGAGGGCCGUUGUUGGUUUUAAACCCACAAACGUAAUGCUCUUUGUCCUCCCGCCCUCCACUAUGACGGAGUCCAGACCCAUGGGCGGGAUCGCUAAUGGCAGACGAGGUCAAGGGUCAUAUUUGAGCCGGAAUGGAUUUUUUCACAGCUGUACGCAGUUUGAAGGAGCACGUGACAAAUGACCACUCUGAUAAUAUUGAAUUAGGAUAUGAAGUCAUAUCGUAUUCUCUGUGGUGUUUUCUUUUCUUUCUUUUUUUUAAUCUUCCUUCUCUCAGCUGCUUUUAGCUUUCGGCUGUUUGAGCUUUAAUAAGCACUUAUUGUAUUCAAGGAAUAUUUGAAGCUACCUGUGGCAUCAGAGCUGCUGGGGGAGCAAAUAAGACUCAGCUGUCACUUUCACGCGUUUGUCAGGAUGUGACAAAUAUGAAUUAUUAUGAAAGGCAAUACCAAAAGACGCCUUUUGAUAGCCGACGAGCUCAUUGGGAAUAUUUUGACAAAAUGUCCCCACUGGAUCCUGGUCAACGUAUUUCGACAGAUUUAAUCAAUUUCUUCAUUUUCCCCGUCGUCGAGAUAAACAUAACUGUCAUCUACUGUAUCUGCUUUAUGAAUUUGUUUCAGUAUUCCUUCUCUUUUUUUUUGUUGUUUUUUUUUCAUCUGAAACUGUGACAUUUAUUCCCCUUUGGCAUCCUGUGAAAACAGACAGAUCAGAUUCCACAACAUCUAGAAGAGCAGACUUUGGAAACAUCGGUUAGGGGCGAGGUGAUGUCAUGUGACAUGACUGAGUUUCCAACUCCUCCUACGGUCCGGUUGGACUUCCACAAGCAAAGAUGGUCGUAACUUUGACUAAAGUUACAGGCGGCCCUGCAUCCGCCCGUCCUACCUGAGGCCGCGGCCUCCCUGAUAAGGGCUGAUUGGUGGCAGUGCAGUCUGACCUCUGACACGAGUACACUUCAGGGACUGUGGGUAAUUGAGAUUUGUUUUCCUGGUAAAAGAAAAACACAGACAGAGAGAGAAAAGCGAGGCAGGAUCUCACACUUCAUCAGUUAAAUGAUGCUGAACCACGUUCGUGAAAAGGAGGAGACCUUUGACUAAUGUUCGACUGAAAUAUACAUUUGCAGCUCUCUGCCCAUUUGUGUAAAAAAAUACAAAAAAAAAAUACAAAAAAGAUCAUAUACAGUUUCCUGUCUUCUAUCAGCAUAAUCGUCUCUGAGCCUCAAUAGUGGCGCUGGUGCAAUCGUUCUUGGUGACGCUGUAAAGAAAAAUAAAACGCAAUGGUUAAUUUCCUGUGUGCUACUAUGAUGUGAAAUGGGCAGAGUAGAAAUGACAGAACAUGAUACAAUAGGAUGCCAUCUUUUUGGGGGGUUUUUUCUUCUGCGUUGUCACUUUAGCUUGCUCACAGCCUCUGGAAAAUGUAUUCUUAGGUUUUUGUCUGAUGUUUUUUUUUAUCACCUCGGCUGCCAUCUUGAAUGUUGAGUAUCUUUGAUCAUGUGCCGUUGUCACUUGCAUAGCAGUGUUUGCUAUCGACGAGGAUAAAAGUACUCUUUAUCUUUGCUAUCCCGAGUAUGUCCACAUUCCUAUUGUUCAUGACAUCUGUACAAUUUGUAUAUUAUAAAAUGAUUUAUAUUUAAUGUG